AUGUUCCUCACGUUUGUUUUGGGUGUCCUCGUAAUGACGUUGCGACUCGUUUGGACGUCCUGCCCUUCGCAGUGCAGUUGUUUUUACCAUAACUUGAGUGACGGAUCCCGGGCAAGGAGUGUUAUUUGCAAUGACCCAGAGAUUUCAUUGGUGCCUGCCAGCUUUCCCGUCGAUACAUCUAAGCUCAGGAUCGAGAAAACUGCCAUCAAAAGAAUCCCAGGCGAAGCGUUCAGCUACCUCUCCAAUUUGGAAUUUCUCUGGAUGUCCUUUAACGUUCUGUCCCAGGUCAACACAGACAGCUUCCGUGGUCUGCUGAGUUUGGAGGAGCUGCGCCUGGAUGGUAACGAGCUGACGGCGUUUCCAUGGGAAUCACUCACUGACUUGCCCAGCCUCAAACUUCUUGACUUGCACAACAAUCAAAUUUCAGCUCUUUCUUCUGAAGCAACAUUGUACAUUAAGAAUCUGACAUACUUAGAUCUCUCCAGCAACAACAUACAGACUGUGCCAUCAGAUGUCCUUGCAACAUGGCUGUCAGUGAAGCCCAUCCCUGGGGCAGACUCCAAAAUGAUAUUAGGUCUACAUGACAAUCCCUGGGUCUGUGACUGCCGCCUGUAUGAUCUGGUCCAGUUCCAGAAAGCGCCAUCAUUACUGGUGGCCUUCAUAGACACCCGGCUGAGGUGUGCCGAGCCGGAGAGCAUCUCUGGUGUGCUUUUCAGCGACGCAGAGCUGAGGAAAUGCCAGGGCCCCAGGGUUCACACGGCCGUGGCUCGGGUCCGCAGUCCAGUGGGGAACAACGUGCUGCUGCGCUGCGGCACCAUCGGUGUCCCCAUCCCAGAGCUGGCCUGGAGACGGGCCGACGGGAGACCCAUGAACGGAACAGUUGAGCAAGAAAAUUCGAAGGAGGGGAUUGUUUGGUCAAUCCUAAGCGUGCCAGCCGUUUCUUACCUGGACUCUGGCAAAUACAUUUGUAAAGCCACAAACUACGCGGGCACCGCAGAGGCCGUCAUCUCCCUGAUGAUUACAGAGUCGCCGACGAGGCCGGACAGCCAGACAGCGACUCCAAAGGCACUGAGAGGAAAGAAGCCCAACGCUGGGCCGGGCAAAGCAGCGGCCUACCAGGAGAAGCUCAUAGCUAAAUAUGUCUCUCCAACACCCACCAGUCAGGCCAGCCCCGUCAUGGAGCCAACCCGCUACACAGGCCCUUACCCUGGGGAGCGCGGCAGCUACAGCACCGACAGGGCCAGUGGUGCAAACCUGCAGACCAGCAGCAGCAGCAACACUGACAUAGGUUCCAAUGUCCAGACCACCGGACCAGACGGAUUGCUUGAGACCAACCUGAGCAAUCUGGCGGCCAACGCCUCGUCUCUGCAGCAGGACCCCGACAGGGUGGUGCGCUCGGUCAAGUUCAUCGGAGACACCGACAACACGGUCUGUCUGACCUGGCGGGCUCCCAAGGCCAAGAAUACCACGGCGUUCAGCGUGCUCUACGCCGUGUUCGGCGAGCGGGACAUGCGGCGCAUCAACGUCAACCCUGGCAACAACCGCAUCAUGAUCGAGGGCUUGGUGCCAAAGACAAAAUACAUCGCCUGCGUGUGUGUCAAGGGGCUGAUCCCCAAAAAAGAGCAGUGUGUAAUCUUCUCGACAGAUGUGGCGGCCCAAGCCACUGCAAUGCAAAAGCUCAUUAAUGUGGUGGUAAUCACGGUGGCCUGUGUGAUCGCCGUCCCGCUCACCGUGAUCGUCUGCUGUGGGGCACUCAAGAGGAAAAUCCAAAAAAUUCUGGGCAAAAAGUCAAAAGACAUGCAGGACUCGUAUGUGACAUUUGAGACCCUCUCCCCCGGCACCAAGGCGAAGGGCUUAGAGGGGGAGUAUCUGAACAGACUAAACCCAGAGGAAUCAAACAGACUUUUAUCGGCCAGGUCCAGCCUGGACUCGGAGCUGACUGCUAAAAUAGAGGGCCAGCCAAACGAAUAUUUCUGCUGACAGAGUAUUGUGGGUCAUGAUUGCCCGCCCUGCUGACACUUGGACCCUCAGCCUCUCAGUUUGUGAUGGCUUUGCAAAGGAGGAUUCAGGCAUUUCAGUGGCAUAAGGAACUUUAUACAAAGGGAUUAUGUUAAACUCACAACAUGGCUGAAUGUGCAUUGUAUAAAAAAGCAGAUACUUUGUAAAAUAACAAUAUGUAUGGAAUGAUGCGCUUGUCUAAGUGUGUGUGUG